CGUUUUAUCCUCUCCUCCUGGAGACGUGCGAGACCCACCGUCGCCAUGAGCCCAUGACUGUUGGAGGUUGCAGAGCUUUCACUUCUAUGCGUAUCUCUUCCUUCAGCCCUCCAAUAAACCAACCCACCAUCGCCUUCUCCGGCCACCCGUGCGCCCUCAUCGCCAACUUCUCGAAUUCUGCUUAGUACUCUCCCAAGGUACCAGUUUGUUGGCGCCUCAUCGUGAUCUUCAAAAGCUGUAGGACCAAACCUAAUGCAGAUGGCCUCCGUGAACUCCGUCCAAGACACCUGAGGGUGCGAACGGCGAUACCAUUGAAACCAGAGUACCGCCCCCCCCUGUAGGUAGAUUGCCGCCACUUAAAUUCUCUGGUGACUGGGUAUUUCGUGAAAAUCAAAUACCUCUCCGCCCUAUAAAACCACGGGAUCGUUGCUAGAGACGGUAGGGAACUCCAGCUUUGGAAAGUUGCAGAAAGGACCCCCAGCCCUUCGGUUGCUCCCUUGACUGGAGCCCUCUUGAUCACUGUCCCGGCUACUACCCUUUCUCACCUUCUCCUACUGCGUCGCCAUAACCGACAGAGUCUCCUUCACCUCUCUCAAAUCCGAAGCCACCUUGUGAUAGUUCAGCUGCAUCUGCUCCAUCCUAUCCUCCAUUGUAGCCGAUCUGUUGGCACAGGGCUUAAAUGGAGACAGGAGACUACAAGUAGAGUACUUAAUGACAUCUACCAAAAGCUGAUAAGGAUUGUGAAUUUGUGACUGUGGAUAUCUGGAAUGAUUAAUUUCACAGCCCAGCUUUAGGUAAUGUCAAUGAGAAGCUAAACAGAAAUGGCAAAUGGUAUUCCUUAUCCAUUACGCAUGGUAGCUUCUGCUGCUGCUAUUUUCUUUGGGGGAGUGUUUACUAUGUCACUUGCAUCUUCUGUAACCAUUCGAGCAUUACAAGCUACUUCCGAAGCAAAACGGAAAAAAGUCGCAAUGCCGUGUGGAGUUUGUAAAGGAAAAGGUUUCUAUCCGUGCAAAUUAUGCAAAGGGAAAUCUACAAUAGAAUGGUCACCUUUAUAUGAUCCUGUUGUCAUAAAUCCUUGUCUUUGCCCUACAUGUGAAGGAAACAGGGUGCAACGCUGUCUAAACUGUCUUGGAAAGGGCUACUUCUAAUUUAAGAGGUGGAAGUACAUUCUUGUACCCUUACAUAAUACUCCCAGCCUGUAACAAGGACUGCUUAUUGCUAAUUGUUGCCCCAGCAUGCUAUAUCCGUUUUUAUUGCUAUUUUUGUGUUAAUACAUGCCAGACUGCAAUUCUGCAAAAUGAUUUUUCUUGUUGCA